AUGGCUGCCGGCAGUUCAUGGAUUGUUCUUGCAUUUUUGCUUCCUGCUGUAAUCCACUCAGUGAAGAGAGAGGAUUUCAAAACAUGCGAGCAGUCUUCAUUUUGCAAGAGACAUAGAGCAAUAACGGAGCCUACUAGAUACGAAGUGAUUGCAAAUAGUGUAUCGCAUGAAGGCGCAACCUGGACAGCUGUGAUUCAGAAUCCUGACAACAAGUUACGACUAAAAGUGACUGGUGUUAAGGACGGGACUAUUCGAGUGCAAAUUGACGAAACUGAAGCGGCUAUAAGAAAGAGAUUCGUCGCGGAAGGCGCUCUAUCUGGACCACCGGAACAAUUGCCAUUCGCAAAAGUCGAAAAUAGUCAAUCGCAGGCAAUUUUGACCAGCGGCGACGGGCGGUCGAAAGCUAUAAUUGUGUUUAAACCAUUUUCGGUGAAUAUUUACAACCAAUUCGACGAAUUGGUUGCUCAAUUGAACCGCGAUGGAAAAUUGAAGGUGGAAGAAUUCCGCACAAAAGAAGAAGGAAAAGAAUAUCCGGAGGGUUUCUGGGAGGAAUCGUUCAAAUCUUUCCGAGAUUCGAAACCUUUUGGAUCGAGCAGUGUGGGAGUUGAUAUUUCAUUUGUUUCAUUCAAAAACGCGUACGGUCUUCCUGAACAUGCUGAUUCAUUGGCGCUUCGCAAUACAGUUGGAAACAGUGAUCCGUACAGAUUGUUCAAUUUGGAUGUUUUCGAAUAUGAACUCAAUAAUCCAAUGGCUUUGUACGUCUCUGUUCCAUACAUAUUCGCUCAUCGAGCCAAUAGAUCUGUUGGAGCUUUAUGGUUGAAUGCUGCUGAAACUUGGGUAGAUACUCAAUCAUCAGUGACGUCAAAGGGGGUUCUAGGAAAUUUGUAUGACACGGUGACUGGUAAAGAUACAAAUGAUGUUCCACAUUUUGAUGCACAUUUUAUGUCUGAAAGUGGCCUGGUUGAUGUUUUCUUCUUUGUCGGUCCAACUGUCAGAGAUGUCCAACGUCAAAACUCAAAAUUGACGGGCGUCACCCCUCUUCCCCCACUCUUUGCUAUCGCCUAUCAUCAAUGUCGUUGGAAUUACAACGAUGAGCAAGAUGUCGCCAAAGUAAAUCAAGGAUUUGAUGAUUGGAAAAUGCCAAUGGAUGUUAUCUGGCUUGACAUUGAGCACACUGAUGGAAAAAGAUAUUUCACUUGGGACAAACAUAAGUUUGCGCAUGCAAAGGAGAUGAUUGAAGGUCUUGCUGCCAAGGGUAGAAAACUUGUCACUAUCGUCGAUCCUCAUAUCAAGAAGGAUGAUGGAUACUUCGUAUAUAAGGAUGCCAAAGAUUUGGGAUUGUUCGUUAAGAAGUCUGAUGGUACUACCGAUUAUGAAGGACACUGCUGGCCCGGUGCCAGUGAAUAUCUUGACUUUUGGCAUCCACAGACCCGAGCGUAUUGGAAGGAGCAGUUCGCAUUUGAUAGAUAUGUUGGUUCGACACCCGAAUUAUUUAUAUGGAAUGAUAUGAAUGAACCAUCGGUCUUCAGUGGUCCGGAAAUCUCAAUGGAUCGUGAUGCAAUUCAUUAUGGAGGAAUUGAACAUCGUGAAGUUCAUAACAUGUAUGGAAUGAUGUAUCACUCGGCCACGUUCGACGGGCUUUUGGCAAGAACUAAUGGACAAGACAGGCCAUUCAUACUUUCGAGAUCUGGAUUCAUUGGAACGCAGAGAACUGCUGCAAUUUGGACUGGCGACAAUACUGCUGAUUGGGGGCAUUUGGAGAUUUCUGUUCCAAUGCUUUUGUCAUUGAGCAUUGCCGGAAUUCCGUUUGUCGGCGCUGACGUUGGCGGAUUCUUUGGAAAUCCUGAUGAGCAAUUGCUUACACGUUGGUAUCAGGCGGCCGCAUUCCAGCCAUUCUUCCGUGCUCAUGCUCACAUCGACACCAAACGAAGAGAACCGUGGUUGUUCAGCGAACCUACCCGAAAUUCAAUUCGUGAAUCACUACGUGCUCGUUAUGCUCUUUUGCCAUAUUGGUACACACUUUUCCAAGAGCACACUCAAAAUGGAAUGCCACCAAUGAGACCUUUGUUCUAUGAAUUCGAAAAUGACGAAUCUGUCCUAGAAGAGCAGAAACAGUGGAUGGUUGGAAGCGAUUUGUUGGUUCGGCCAGUUUUGGAAAAAGAUACAUACAAUGUUAAAGUGGAACUUCCAAAAGGAGAUAAAAAGGUUUGGAAUGUUAGAUGGUACGAAUGGGUUUCUGGAAUUGAACACUUUGAAGCUUCUGCAUAUGUUGACGCCCCAAUCGAUUUUGUUCCAGUUUUCCAACGCGGAGGUUCCAUUAUUCCAACGUGGCAACGAAUUCGCAGAUCGGCUUAUCUCAUGAAAGAUGAUCCCCUGACGUUGUUCGUCGCUCUUGAUUCUGACGGAAAUGCUAAAGGAGAAGUUUACCUUGAUGAUGGUAAAACUCACAGCUACAGAAAUGAUGAAUUUGUGAGGGCAAACUUCACAUUCGUGACAACGUCACCUACUACGGCUAGUAUUGUCGGUGAACAUGUUGAUGGAAAGUAUGCUGCGAAGAAUUGGAUCGAAAGAAUAGUUGUGCGAGGAAUUGAGAGCUCACCUAAAUCUGUUGAGAUCACUCGCAUUUCGGAUCCAUUUGAACCACUCGAGUACUCUUAUAAUCGAGAUAAUAAAGUUUUGAUUAUCCGAAAGCCUGAAGUUCUCAUCACGAACAGCUACCGUAUCCACCUAAAGUUCUAA